AUGUCUUCCACGACAGCCCUUGCACUGAAUAAGACACGAAGUACCAGAGCUCUCUCAACACCGUCCAAGGCCACCCCAGCUCCAGCUGUCGACUCUCCAGGGAACUGGCAGCAUCCGCGCAUCAAAGAGAUCACUCGCCGCCAACAAGCAACAACCUUCGGCAGUGACAAUGUCAAGACUAUUGUCUACAACCUUGCCGCUGUCAUCAUCAUCCAUUUGAUACGUUUGGCCGCCGCCGAGUAUGGCCCAACGCCGCUGUCAGGCGACGUGAAAGAGUACGUCCGCUGGACCGUCCUGGGUAUCCAGGUACUUCCUCUCGUGAACAUGGGCCGCGCCUGUCUCCCGAUACUACGGUCGAAAGACGACCUCUCCGACAUUGCCCUGACGCCGGCCCAGCGCGCUCUUCUUGGUCUGCCCCCGAGCUCAGCUCCGCCCACACCGAACUCAGUCUACAGCACACCCCCGCGAUACACCCGCACACCUUCGAUAAAUGGAUCCGUCGGAAAGCCGAGUCCGGCAAGUUCGCCUCUGUCUGCAAAUGGGAGCCCUGCCUCUGCGACACGGCUCAACGGAUCUCCAUACUCUCCCGCAGCAAGCCCACUGCUGCAGAAGGCUGUGGGCUACAGUGGAGGACGGCGAUCGUCGUAUGGGUCUCCGAGCCCCUACAACGCGAGCACGAGCUCUUUCAACCUCAGCACUGCAUCUAGCCUUUUCUCGGAACCACCUCCGACCCCCAGCCCGAUCGGCGGGAAAAGGACAAGUGUUGGCCUGAACAACAAGUGGUUGUACGAUAGGAGUCGUCGAUCCUCGGGCAACGUCUGGUCGUAG